CGGAGGAGAAAGAAAAGGCAGCAGGAAACUCCGACAGCGUUUGCCCCUCCCCACUUCCCUUAUCACGGCAGUCCUGUAGCUGGAACUCGUGUCUGUAUUCGUCCUGCAGGACAGACUGAAUGUUACUCCGCAUUCUUUUGUGUGCUGUUAAUGAAUGACAAUGGAUCCAUUAUAUAAUGGGCUGCCAAAAUCUUAGCAAGUACUCUGCCCCAGAGCCUUCAGCAAGCAACAUGGAAAACAUAUGCUUAUUGCUGGGACUAACCGUGCUCUGUGCAUUUGUCUCCGGGGAGCCAAGUUUUUCACAGAACCCCCAGCGGUUCCAGAGAGAAGUGAAUGCCCCAGCGCCUAUUGACUGCCAGCUAAGCUCUUGGGGCAGUUGGAGCCAAUGCGACCCUUGCACCAAACAUAGGUAUCGGUCUAGGAGUGUGGAGCACUUUGGUCAGUAUGGAGGGGCGGCCUGUGUGAAUACCCUGGGUGACAUUCAGCGGUGCAUUCCUGAGGAGGAUUGUUUAGAACAACCCGUUUUGUGUGGAAAUGAUUUUGAGUGUGAAUCAGGAAGAUGCAUCAAGACCAGGUUGUUGUGCAAUGGGGAUAAUGACUGUGGAGAUUACUCUGACGAAACCUGUGAUGAUAAAGAUCCCAAGUCCCCCUGUCGAAACUCAGAUAUUGAACUGUCAGAAAUUGCAAGAACUGCAGGAGACGGGCUGAACAUCCUAGGUAUGAAACCAAGAAGAAACCCAUUUGACAAUGAAUAUUUCAAUGGCAUUUGUGAUAGGGUGCGUGAUGGCAAAACAUAUUUCAGAAAGCCAUGGAAUGUGGCAGCUCUUGUUUAUCAGACUAGAGCUGAUAAAUCUUUUACAACGGAAACAUAUCACGACGCAAAAUCAGUGAUGUCAAAGAUUAUUGAUGGGCUCACAGUCAAUAUUGAUGCAUCUGUGAGUCUCAAACUAACUCCUACUGAGAAUAAGAACGUCUCAGUAAAUGCAAACGCGGGAAUAGGAUAUUCAAAAACCAAGAACAUUGAGAAACUGCGAACGUAUUCAGAAACCAAGGAUAAAACUUUUAUGCGAGUGUCAGGGUCUGUGCAGCUUGCAACAUUUCAGAUGAGAACUCGGGGUGCAAUGCUUAACCCUACUUUCAUUGAGGACAUCAAGAAUCUGCCCAAAGGCUAUGAUAAAGCUGAAUAUUUUUCCAUUUUGGAGAUGUACGGCACACAUUAUUCAGUUUCUGGCAACCUGGGAGGAAAAUAUGAGCUGGUAUAUGUCUUAGAUUCAAUCGAAAUGAACUCUCGAGAAUUAACAACUGAAGAUAUAAAGGACUGCCUGAGAUUUAACGCAGACGCAGGUAUAGGAGUAAAAGCAGAAGGGGCAAACCUUGAUCUUAAUCCAAAAAUAAAAGGCGAUGUAUGUAAAACAGGUGGAGGUGAAUCAGAAACAGAACCUUCAAUAAACAUAAAGCCUGUGAUUGAGAGCAUCAUUUCUUUUGUUGAUGGAGGAACCGUAGAAUAUGUAACAGCUCUUGAAGAAAAACUUAAUAAGAAACAACCUGUGGCUGAUGUUAACGAUUACGUUCAGUGGGCUUCAUCUUUGAAAGAAGCUCCUGCAGUGAUAAAAAGCAAACCCAAUCCUAUUUAUUCUCUUAUUCCAACUGACAUUAAAGAUGCCUACACAAAGUCACGAAAUCUGGAGAGAGCCAUUGAAGAAUACAUUGAUGAGUACAGUGUCUGCAAGUGCCAACGUUGUCAAAAUGGAGGAAAAGCCAUGGUGAUCGACGGAGAGUGUAUUUGUAAAUGCCCGCUACACUAUGAAGGUGUGGCAUGUCAGAAUAUAAAAGCAGAGGCCUUUUCAAAGCCAAAAGAGCCCAUUGAUGGUGGAUGGGGAUGUUGGACUGUUUCACCUAAUUGCGUUAAUGGAGAUUUGACUGCCACCCGCAAAUGUGACAACCCAGUUCCACAACAGGGCGGUAAAACAUGUCAUGGGUCACAGACCAAAACAAUCCCAUGUGAAAAAUAAGAAAAAAGCUCUUGGUCAUCCAUCACCCAAAUGAAAGUUGACCGGCACUCUUUGACAGAUAAAGAAUAAUCUAACCUAUCAAAAUGAAUCAAAAAUACCAAAAUAUCAUAUCCUUUCAUUGAGACAACUAUUUCAUAAAAAAAGAAAGACCUAGAAAUAAUGACGAUUUUCUUUAUAUAACGUUAUAAUGACAGGACAUGGGGACUUGAUUCCUACGGGCCAGAUUUUUCAAGGGUUGAAUUUCGAGGUGAUGGGAGUUUUUUUUAAACCCCCAUCAAAAUUUGAAUAAGAAAAGGCCAACCAAAUUUAUUUUAGAAAAACAACGUUUUUAACUUCGACUGAAUAAGCUGUAUUCGAUCGAAUUUGAUUCAAGUAUUUUUUAAAAAAACAUAGAUUUUUCAAAGACCACCAAAUGACUCCAAAUAGGUUCUAGGAGGUCCCCCAUAGGCUAAAACUGCAAUUCACCAGGCUUUAGAUGGCGAAUAGUCAAGGUCGAAUUUUCAAAGAGACAGUACAUGAAAAAUUUAGACAUUCGAAUUUUCAAUUCAAAUUUAGACUAUUCCCUACUCGAAGUACACUAAAAUUAGCUCGAAAUUCGAAUUUAAAAAUUAGAUUUUUCAAUUCAACCCUUGAUAAAUCUGCCCCUUAUCUGGAAUGUUUCAACCUCAUUGUUCCACUAACAAAUGUAAUUCUUCCAUGGAUUUUUUUGUUGUGAAAAGCAUUUAGGUAAAGAUGUUUGAUUCAAAAAAUAUGGUGCUGUUUGGGGAAGUAUUUUGGCUUGGACCUUUCUCAACAAUAAAACUAAUUUUAUAUCCCA